AUGCCAUUCCACGUGUUACGUAGUCAUCAUCCUUCGAAUAUUCAUAAAAAGCCUUCAUGUGGUGUGGAUAAUUCUGCAGAUGUGCGGAAUUUAACAGCUGGAGUACAAUGUUUGAAUAUUGCCCAUGUAAGCGAUGAAGCAAAUUUACCUGUUAGCACUGAAGGCAGUGAAGGUUGUUAUGUUGAAGAUGACAUAACAUCUUUGUGUGAACAGCGAAAAGAGCAAAUUCUUGGAAACUAUUCUGCAUCAAAUCACUUUUUGGAACAGUAUUUUCGAUCACCUGAAGCUGAAUCUAGAGAUGUUUCAAAUGCGGUGAAUCGACUGAUAAAUUUGACUGAUUACUCAGCCUCCCUAAUUCACAUAUAUAACCAAGCUCCAGCCGCUGCAUUUUUGGAUCCAAUUGUUUGUGAGAGUCUAGAUAGGUACAAAAAUAAGAUAAUCCCACUUCUGUAUCCAGAAUAUAGAAGGUUGAUGUCACUGGUUACUGUUGGUCCAAGAAUUUUAUCCACUCAUCUCCUGUCUCGAAAUCAUGACCAGUCUACGACCACAUGUCAGAACUCUGUCAUAAAUGAUGCUCCUACAAAAAUUGAUCCAGAUACCACUGUCGUCAAAUUGCGUAACACAAGUAGUUCAGAAAACCGUAUAUUGCCUGAAAAUUCGACAGUGCAUGACUUCUCAGGUUUUCCCGAUAAUUCCAGUCGUUCAGGGGAUGAUUAUCAAGAAAACUCUGCCAUACCGAUGUCAUCUAUACUCUCUGGACAUCAGGACUGUCUCGAUCCUUCAUCAGUUUUGUCAGACAAAGGGCUUUCAUCAUCACAAAAACCUUUUAACAAUGCUAAAAACAUUAGUGCUGAAAAGUUGAUUUCAACUAAAAUCGAAAAUGAAUCAAACAUUGGUGUGACCCUCUGUAUACCUUCAUUGAGUAAAAGUCAAGAGAAAUUGAAAUGUGCUACAACUGAAAAAUCCAAUGGGUUAGUUGUCUAAGGGCAGUAUAUCUUGUAUCUAGUCAUCAUUUAUUUUUGCUGAACACUGGAUCACAUUUUGAUUGUAUUCAACUGAUAAGAAAAUAAUUUCUAACUGAUAGUAUGUGUCUAGACUUAAUGUUUUAUGAGAUUCAUAAUUGAAAUACUCCUAUGGAGAUGUGAUUAGUAUGAUAGGUUUUCGUUAAGUAGAAGUGUUCUUUAAACGUUAUUACCACUUGAACCAAUCUAUAACUGUUAAGUGAAAUUUUAUUCAAGAAUUAGGCUAACUGGACCGCAUUGUGUGUUCGAUUUUCUUGUAAACUCGAAGUAUUUGUGUGAUUGAGAUUACAUUGACCACUUUCGACCUGUAAAUUAGUGAGUCUCCUCUAUUCGGAAUGUAUUGCUCCAACACAACAGACGUUUCAGAUAAUCUACACCUUCUCCUAUUG